UCACAAAAUGAUAAUUCUGAACAAGAUUCCAAAGGAUCACACGGUGCACCUACGCCUCAGUUGCCAGGCAAACGAAGACCUAAUAGCAUGAUCGCUACCACGGAUAUACAAUUUCUCGGGAUUCUCAAUCGAUCCCCUACAACCGCUGGAAAGGCCAGGAAGACGACGUCAACGUUUUCGACAGUGGCCGAGAUUAACUCUCAGGCAGAGGCAUCUGGACAAAAUAGAAAGAAAGGACCACUCAAACGUCGUAACACGUACAACUCGGAGGCCAUUGCUGGAGAUUUCAUAGUUAAUGAGGAGACACAAAGGUGGACAGAGAACGUCAAGAGACAACUGUCAAAGAGAAAGUUGGAAAAGGAUAUAGAUGAUGAAAAGGUAAUGAUCGGUACACGGAUCAACGAGGGUCACGUUAAUUACGUCCUUAUGUAUAACAUGUUGACGGGAAUUCGGGUGGGGGUUUCACGGUGUAACGCAAAAAUGCAGAGGGUGUUAAACGAUGCAGAUUUCAAGGCUGCUCACAAAUUAACUUUUGACAUAGCGGGUAACGAACUUACGCCAUCGGCAAAAUAUGAUUUCAAAUUCAAAGAUUAUGCACCUUGGGUUUUUCGUAGUCUUCGUGAAUUCUUCAGAAUCGAUGCUGCGGAUUACCUGGUUUCAUUGACAAACAAGUAUAUUUUGUCUGAGUUAAAUUCUCCUGGAAAAAGUGGAAGUUUCUUCUAUUUUUCACGAGAUUACCG